UACAUUCAUCCGGUGUUCCGCAAUUAUUGCUGAUGCGACGACUUUCCUUCAGGCCUAACAUGUUUCUGAACUACGAAAAACAAUGAUCAAUCCGAAUCGAUCUGACGAGAUGCUAUCAUCCCACCAUCAUCAGAUUAAGAAAAACAAGGUUGUCUUCGACGGGACUGAAAAGUAUUGCGACCACAUUGGAAGACGUAGUCAGACAUUGACAUGUAACAGUGAGCCUGACUGACUAACCUUUCUUCUAGGUUGUUAUUACUAGAAAUUACCAGAAGUCCUUAAUAAAUAGGCCCGCUUGCUUUCCCUGUCUCAGCCGUCGCUGUUUCUUGUCUCUCAAUUCAUCUUCUUCACCACUCUCUGAUUAAUAUCGUUGACGUCUCUCUCUCAUUCAUGGAUUCAUCCAAGGAGGUGUCACUCGAGAUCUUCCCCUACAUCAGAGUCUACAAAGACGGCACCUUCGACCGCCUCGCCGGCUUUGAGAUCGCCCCGCCCGACCUCGACCCCGAGACCCGAGUUGAAUCCAAGGACAUCCUCAUCCUCCCUGACGCUGGCGUCUCUGCCCGAAUCUACCGCCCCUCCUCCGCGUCCGCCGCCACGAAAUUCCCCCUCGUCGUCUACUUCCACGGCGGGGCCUUCAUCAUCUCCUCCAUUGCAGACCCCAAGUAUCACUCCAGCCUCAACGCCCUUGUCGCCGAGUGCAACGUCGUCCUCGUCUCCAUCGACUAUCGUCGAGUCCCCGAGCACCCCCUCCCCGCGGCUUACGAGGACUCCUGGGCUGCUCUGCAGUGGAUAGCAUCGGAGCAUGCCCGGUGCGAGCCGUGGCUCAGGGAGCAUGCCGACUUCGACCGGCUCUUCCUUGUCGGUGACAGCGGCGGCGCCAACAUGUCGCACCACUUGGCCAUGCGGCUCAGGGAUGACGUACUGGGCGAGCGGGUCAAGGUCUCGGGGAUCGGGAUGAUACAACCGUACUUCUGGGGCGAGACGCCGAUCGGGGUGGAGGUGGCGGACCCUGGUCGGAAGGCGUGGGUGGACAGCUGGUGGCGGUUCGUGUGCGUGUCGGACAAGGGGUGCGACGACCCGCUGAUCAACCCGUUCGCGGACGGGGCCCCCGGCGUGGACGGGCUGGCGUGCGAGAAGGUGCUGGUGAUCGUGAGCGAGAAGGACAUCCUGAGGGACAGAGGGAGGAUGUACUACGAGAAGCUGGUGGAGAGCGGCGGGGCGGCCGCGGCGGAGUUCAUGGAGAUCGAGGGCGUGGAUCACGUGUUCCACAUCUUCGACCCGAGCUGCGAAGGGGCCAAGAGGCUGUUCAAGCGCGUGGCCUCGUUCGUGAACAGCGACGGUGAUGAUCCGAAGGAGGAGGAGGCCGUGGAGUGAGAGGGCGCAUGGAACGCAAGUGGAAUGUGGACAACUCGAGGGCGUUUUCAAAUUCUUUCGUUUACUUUUGCCUCUGCUGUGGCUAAUAAAGUUUCUGGUCGUCGUGGAGUGGUCGCUUGUGGUGGUGUAGAAACGUGGUCGUUGAUACAUUCUUCGCCACGAGAAUUGUGGGUAGCUUUUGUGAAUUCCUGGUUAUUUUAAUAUCAUUUUCUGGUUAUUGAUUUUCA